CUGUUUUUGUUUUGCACUGUGUACUUGUGUGCUAGUUUGCUACCACCACUUUUGUGUUUAUCACUUACCUUAGUUAUCUUUUAAAAAGGACCCUUGUUGCUCGCUUCCCUUUUGGGAGUUGAUUUCUGUUGAGUGUUAAGAGACACUUUCUUUGUUAAUUAUUGUAAAUAAUUUACCCUUUUCUUUGCAAGCUUACUGUUUCGUCGUUUUCUUCUGCCCUGGAACAAUUAAUUGUACUAACCUCCUAGCCCCUGGGCUUCCAUCUGAGGUUCGUAACAAUCUUGGAUGGGGCGGGAUAUUAAAACAAUGUGCUACAGCUAACUUUGAAAAUACUGAAGUAACUGUUAUACAUAAGUAGUUUUAUGGACAUUUAGUACUUAGAAUGAACAAAUUAGACUAGUAUAGUGUACAGUGCUUGUGCACUGACUCAUAACAGUUCAAAAUAACACUAGCAGCAGGACAGAGGGUCAGUGACCUUCUACGGGGAGAGCAGUGAUUGGUGGUUAUGUAGGGACUGAACCCUUCUAUAGAAUUUGACUUCUAACCCCGUGUUUUGUUACCUCUGAAUAGUACUGUACCCUUCUAUGGGUUUGACCUUUUACUUUGCAGACUUACACCCUUUUCUGUUACUUAACAGAUACCUAAAACAUGUCCUAUAUAAGCUAUGUUUGAUGUACAGAGAGACAGUGGCCAUCGGGCUGGGUCACUCUCCAAGCUGCUGCAGAGCUUGUAAUUGAUGCUGAACUCUUCUUAACUGACCUCUACUGACUUCUCCCUGCUACUGCUUAUUUUCUUCUCUUCCUCCCCUCCCCCUUAGCCCUCUCUCCCUCCCUUUUCCCUUUACUUCCCUCCCACUUUUCUCUCUCACUGUAAAGAGCAGUCACUCUCUGCACUCCCCUUCAUUUCCCGCUCCAACAUGUUGGCAGGAGGAGAAAGAGGAUGCUGCGCUCUACUCUCGGUGCGUUCUUGCCACCUCUCCGGUCAGCACAUGCUGCCUCUGACUCAGCCUCAGCUUUCAGUUGUCUCCGCCUGAAGGACUUCAGAGAGGAGGUGGAGGAGGAACCAAAGGAUACGCUGGAGAUCAGGAGCUUUCACACCAGGGUCCCCAACAGGAACAACAACCGCAGGAGACAGGAACAGAGCAACUGCUCCUCAUCUGUGGUGGAAACUAAUAAUACCUCAGCAGUGACCACAUCCUCUGCCUCCUCUACUUUCCCUUCCUCCUCUUCCUCCUUCUCGGCUCCAAGAUCCAUGUGGCAAGAGGCAAUAAGGAGGAAGCGGUAUCUCCUGGACCGGACAGGGGAGUCUGGUGAAGGGGAUAAAGGAGGAGGUCAGGAGAAGAGGAACAGGUCCCCAGAUUGGCUGUAUGAGUCCUACUACUGUAUGAGCCAGCAGCAUCCUCUGAUUGUGUUUCUGCUACUCAUAGUGAUGGGAGCCUGCCUGGCUCUGCUGACUGUGUUCUUUGCUUCAGGACUGAACAUUGAGGACCAUGUGGCCUUUGUAAUCACUGUGCCCACAGCACUGGCUAUCUUCCUGGCUGUGUUUGUACUCGUCUGCAUUGAGUCCAUCUUCAAGAAGCUUCUCCGUGUUUUCUCCCUGGUCAUCUGGGCCUGCCUGGUUGCCAUGGGUUACCUUUUUAUGUUUUCUGGCGGGAUAAUUUGUCCGUGGGAUCAGGUGUCAUUCUUCCUGUUCAUUGUCUUUGUGGUUUACACCAUGCUGCCGUUCUCUAUGCGGGACGCCAUCAUCGCCAGUGUCCUGACCUCCGCCUCUCACACCAUUGUGUUGAGUGUCUGCCUGUCCACCACAGCUGAUCACAUGGAACCAGUAGUGUGGCAGAUUUUGGCCAAUGUUAUCAUUUUCAUGUGUGGCAACAUGGCGGGGGCGUAUCACAAGCAUCUGAUGGAGUUGGCACUUAAACAGACUUAUCAGGACACCUGCAACUGCAUCAAGUCACCAAUUAAACUGGAGUUUGAGAAGAGACAACAGGAGCGUCUCCUGUUGUCUCUGCUGCCAGCUCACAUUGCCCGGGUGAUGAAAGCUGAGAUCAUACAGAGACUGAAGGGCCCAAACUUUGGCCAGAUGGAGAACACAAACAAUUUUCACAAUCUCUAUGUCCAGAGACACACUAAUGUCAGUAUACUGUAUGCUGAUAUAGUGGGAUUCACACGGCUGGCCAGUGACUGCUCACCUGGAGAGCUGGUGCACAUGCUGAAUGAGCUGUUUGGCAAAUUUGAUCAAAUUGCGAAGGAAAAUGAAUGUAUGCGGAUCAAAAUCCUCGGGGACUGUUACUACUGUGUGUCUGGUCUGCCGGAGUCUCUGUCGAACCAUGCUAAGAACUGUGUGAAAAUGGGUCUGGACAUGUGUGAGGCCAUCAAGAAAGUGCGAGAUGCCACAGGGGUUGACAUCAACAUGCGUGUUGGCGUGCAUUCUGGAAAUGUCCUGUGUGGUGUGAUUGGACUCCAGAAAUGGCAGUAUGAUGUUUGGUCACACGAUGUCACGCUGGCCAAUCAUAUGGAGGCAGGAGGUGUACCAGGGCGAGUCCACAUCACCUCAGUGACACUGGAGCACCUAAAUGGUUCUUAUAAGGUGGAAGAUGGGGAUGGACAAGAAAGGGAUCCCUACCUUAAGGAACAUGGAGUCAUCACUUAUCUGGUCAUCAACCCAAAGGUGGAGCGUCGGAGCCCACAGCAUCAUUACCGUUCCAGACACACUAUGGACGGAGCAAAAAUGAGAGCCUCAGUCAGAAUGACCCGCUACCUGGAGUCCUGGGGAGCAGCCAAGCCCUUUGCCAACCUGCACCACAGAGACAGCAUGACUAAUGAGAAUGGGAAGAUCAACACUGCUGAUGUGCCUAUGGGGCAGUAUCACUUCCAGAGGAGAUCAGAAAGGACAAAGUCUCAGAAGAAACGUUUUGAGGAGGAACUUACCGAGAGGAUGAUCAGGACCUUUGAUGGGAUAAAUUCACAAAAACAGUGGCUCAAGUCCGAGGACAUCCAAAGAAUAUCGUUAUUCUUCCACAACAAAUCCUUGGAGAAGGAGUACAGAGCAACAACCUUGCCGGCCUUCAAAUACUAUGUCACCUGCGCCUGUUUGAUCUUUUUCUGCAUUUUUAUCGUGCAGAUUCUCGUCCUUCCAAAGACAACUGUCCUGGGAAUAUCCUUUGGAAUGGCUUUUCUUAUCCUUUCCUUGAUCCUCUUCAUAUGUUUCAUCGGACACUUUCUGCACUGCAGUAAAAGUGCCUCCACUUCUUGGAUGUGGCUGCUGAGGUCAUCAGUCAUUAUUGCCAACAAGCCAUGGCCCCGCAUCACUCUCACCAUGACAACCACAGCUCUAAUACUCAUAAUGGCAGUCUUCAACAUGUUCUUUUUGGAAGACAAUUUGUUGCCUCCCGUUCCUGUUUACAAUUCAUCCAACGAAACACUGUUUUACCCUAAUGGACAACUAAUCACCUUCACAGACAAAAACAAUUUCUACCUUCCUUAUUUAAUUUACAGUUGCAUACUGGGCCUCAUCUCUUGCUCGGUAUUCCUGAGGAUAAACUACGAGCUGAAGAUGAUCAUCAUGUUGACAGCUGUGGUGGUUUACAACAUCAUUAUUCUACAAACGCAUGCCUCUCUUCUGGACGAAUAUAGUAGAUUUCUGUACAAGACUGAAAGCCUGGACAGGCCUGGCGUCCUCAAAGACCUGAAGACUAUGGGCUCUAUCUCCCUCUUUAUCUUCUUCAUCACUCUGCUUGUGCUUGCCAGACAGAAUGAAUAUUACUGUAGGUUAGACUUUCUGUGGAAGAACAAGUUCAAGAAGGAGUGCGAGGAGAUUGAAACGAUGGAGAACCUCAACCGGGUUUUGUUGGAGAAUGUCCUGCCGGCGCACGUUGCAGAACAUUUCCUGGCGCGCAACUGGAAGAAUGAGGAUCUGUAUCACCAGUCCUAUGACCUGGUGUGUGUCAUGUUCGCCUCCAUCCCAGACUUUAAAGAGUUCUACACCGAAUCUGACGUCAACAAAGAAGGAUUAGAGUGCCUCAGGCUCCUCAACGAGAUCAUUGCUGAUUUUGAUGAGCUGCUGUCCAAGCCUAAAUUCAGCGGUGUGGAAAAGAUCAAGACCAUUGGCAGCACUUACAUGGCUGCCACUGGACUGAAUGCAUCACCUGGGCCUGAGUACACAUCACAGGAGCAUGACAGGCAGUACAUGCACAUAGGGACCAUGUUAGAGUUUGCAUUUGCCUUGGUGGGGAAGCUGGAUGUUAUCAACAAACACUCCUUCAAUGACUUCAAACUCAGAGUUGGUAUCAACCAUGGUCCAGUGAUUGCUGGAGUCAUUGGAGCCCAAAAACCACAAUAUGAUAUCUGGGGGAACACAGUGAAUGUAGCCAGCCGAAUGGACAGCACUGGAGUCCUAGGAAAAAUACAGGUGACGGAGGAGACGAGUCGCAUCCUUCUGACCCUGGGCUACAUGUGCUCUUGUAGAGGCAUCAUCAACGUCAAGGGCAAAGGAGAGCUCAAGACUUACUUUGUUCACACAGAGAUGACCCGCUCACUGUCCCAAGGGAAUGUAAUGCCGUAAGAUUGGCUCAGAUAAUGCUGGACUUUAGACAGGCACAAAGAACAGAUGUCCUCAAUGCUGUUGUAACCGAAACAAAGUGUGAGGCACGAAGGAAUCAGAUCUGCGCUGUGAGGUAGAUAAAAAUCUGAUUUUAAUGUUGCAUUGCAAGUUACCUAUGCCACAGCUGUAAUAUACAUUUUGUCACUUAUGUAACUGUAAGUGUAGCAUGUACAGCAAGUAGGCAAUAACCCCAGAAAUAUAAUGUCAUAAGAAUGUUGGAUUUAGAAAAGCCACAGUGGAGAAUCUGAAAUGGUCUAAAUUAAUAUUCUGACUCAGUUCUUGGAGGCCCUUAGCAGUCUCUUUGCCGUAAAAUACUCUUUUACAGCCAGGUACACCGAAAACAGAAUCUAUGUUCUGUUCAUGUGACAGUACAUUUUGGAUUUCAAACGAUGUACUGUACAGUGAAAAGAAGGGAAACCAAGAGUGGAAACAAAAACAUCAAGGCCUCUUGAGAGUGAACAAUGGUAAUUUAUUAAAGACAUGCUGGUGUUAUGGAUAUAAGGAAGUUUGCGUGUCCCCGACUUAAAUAAAAGUGAUACAAAAGGCAUCAGAAGGAACAUCUGAUAUCAGAAUGAAAUCUAAGGACAGAUGUUACUAAGGAAAAGUGCAUGACCACUGUUGCAAAGGAGAAGCUGGUCCUGUGUAAAAACAGGCAGCCAACAAGGAGACAUACAUACGUGUAUAUAACUCUUCAACCUUGCAGAAGCAAGAAGUCUUGGAUGUAUUUUACAGAUGGCCCAUACAAGGAAAAAGCAUAAAAAAAUAAUCUAUGAAUAUAUUGUGAUAUUCAUGCAGGGCCAAGUUUCACCACAGCUGUCUUUGCACUUAAAUUAUCUUGUCUUCAUUGACUGUUUACACAAAAAUAACAAUAUUAGUCUUUAUGCCAUAGGUCAGAUUUGUCGAUGCCUGCUGAAAAUGGAAAAUCAGGUGUCGGUUGCUGUUCAGACAAGGUUGAAAGGAUCAGAGCCGUUAGUCAAACUACUGGAUAACAAAGGGAUAAAGAUGAUUUUAGUGUCAAGAUUAUAAUUUGGGAAACCCAAGCCUGAUCUGUGUACAGGGUAGCUUAAGAGUGCAAAUGGUACGGUGGUUUUGUAACAAAAGAAAAUACUACCAAAAAAGUGUUUUGAUGUUUUGAUGAUGCCUUUGUUUUUUGUAAAAACUUCAUUAAAAUUUCUAUGUAUUUCA